AUGGAGGUGCUGGAGAGCGGGGAGCAGGGCGCCCUGCAGUGGGACCGCAAGCUGAGCGAGCUGUCGGAGCCCGGAGACAGCGACGCGCUGCUGUGCCCCACGCACUUCUCAGAACUGCUGGACGAGUUCUCCCAGAACGUCCUGGGCCUGGGCCAGCUGCUCAAUGACCCCUUCCUGUCGGAGAAGAGCGAGGCCAUGGAGGUGGGGCCGUCCCCCAUGUCGCCUGCACCCCUCAUCCAGGCUGAGCACAGCUACUCCCUGAGCGAGGAGCCCGGCGCCCAGUCGCCCUUCAGCCACGCAGCCCCUGGGGAGAGCUUCAAUGACGACGAAGUGGAGAGUGAGAAGUGGUUCCUGUCCACAGACUUUCCUCCGGCCACCAUCAAGACGGAGCCGAUCACGGACGAGCCGCCCCCAGGCCUGGUCCCCUCGGUCACCCUCACCAUCACAGCUGUCUCCACCCCUCUGGAGAAGGAGGAGCACGCUCUGGAGGUGAGCACAGGGGUGGACUCGUGCCAGACCGUCAUCCCCAAGAUUAAGCUGGAGCCUCAUGAAGUGGACCAGUUCCUCAACUUCUCUGCGAAGGAAGCCUCCGUGGACCACCUGCACCUGCCGCCCACACCUCCCAGCAGCCACAGCAGCGACUCAGAGGGCAGCCUGAGCCCCAACCCGCGCCUGCACCCCUUCGGCUUGCCGCAGACCGCCAGCCCUGCCCGGGUUGGGGCACGAGCCCCCUCCUCCCUCUCCAGCUCGCCCCUCCUCACCGCCCCCCACAAGCUGCAGGGCUCGGGCCCACUGGUCCUGACGGAGGAGGAGAAGAGGACUCUGAUCGCCGAGGGCUACCCCAUCCCCACCAAACUGCCCCUGACCAAGUCGGAGGAGAAGGCGCUGAAGAAAAUCCGGAGGAAGAUCAAGAACAAGAUUUCCGCUCAGGAAAGUAGGCGGAAGAAGAAGGAAUACAUGGACAGCCUGGAGAAAAAAGUGGAGUCUUGUUCAACUGAGAACGUGGAGCUUCGGAAGAAGGUGGAGGUUCUGGAGAACACCAAUAGGACCCUUCUUCAGCAGCUGCAGAAGCUCCAGACCUUGGUCAUGGGCAAGGUUUCCAGGACCUGCAAGCUCGCCGGCACACAGACCAGUACAUGCCUCAUGGUCGUAGCGCUCUGCUUUGCCGUGGCAUUCGGCAGCAUUUUCCAGGGCUCUGGACCCUACCCUUCUGCCACCAAGAUGGCCCUGCCCAGCGAGGCCUCUGCAUCGGAGCAGUACACAGCCUCUGUUGUGAGGUCCAGGAACCUUCUGAUCUACGAGGAGCACUCUCCCCUAGAGGACCCGCCCAGUGCAGCCUCGCCGGGGGAGCUGGGGCCCUGGGACAGGGGCUCCUCCUUGUUCCGGGCCUCGGGGCUGGAGUCCAGUCCAGACAUGAACCUUCCACCAUUCGUCUUGUCGAAUGAGACCAGCCUGGACAAGGCCAUGUUCCUGCAGCUCCAGCAGCACCUGGUCAGCUCCAAACUGGAGGGCAACGACACCCUGAAGGUCCAGCUGGACCGGACAGUGAAUGCCACCUUCUGA